AGACUCGAUAAGUCGAUCGGCGAACGCAGAGCUUGUUGACGGAUGUAGGGCUGUACACGUGAACAACUUGGGUUGUGUGCAGUGCACGAAGUGUAGCCUCAGCUUGGAGAACAACUGUGCCUGUGGAAGAAAGAGGAAAAGACAAAAUGGUUCGUGUCUGUGCCUUUCCUGGUUGCGGCACCAAAAUGAGACGUUACAAUCCAGAGACUUUUCACAGGCUACCUCUGCAGGAGUCUAAUUUGAGGCAGUGGCUUGCUGUGUUGCAAGUCGACGUCGAGACGCCAGUCCAAACGCUGAAAGCUAAGGAUUACCGUAUCUGUAGUCGACAUUUUGAUCAGAACGACUUUUCCAUUCCUAACAAAAGGCGAUCUUACCCUGCAAAACGCAUGCGGCUGAAGAGAAAUGCCAUUCCGAUAGCGGCGCGUCUUGCACAGGAGACUGCGCCGUGUGAGGAUAGCUGCCCCGGGAUAACCUUUGAAGUAUCAGAGUUAAACUUUGAUGAGGAAAGCAAUUGUUCAAAUGAAGAAGGAGGGGAAGCAGCAGAAGAAGAAGAAAACAUUUGUUCUAAUGAAGAAGGGGAAGAAGAAGAAGAAAGGAUUGACAACGCUGAUUCAGACUGGGAAUUGGAACUAUCUGACAAAUUGGAGAGUGAUGACUCUGACCAAUUGGAGAGUGAUGACCAUGACCAAUUGGAGAGCGAUGACUCUGAUUCUGAAUUGCAUAGAAGUGUACGUCAACUUUGUCCAGAUUGCGGUGCCUUUUACUUUACGUCUAAGACUCACACAUGCGAGUAUAAAAUCAAGCCAGUUUCCUGCAACGUUUGUGGUAAGAGAUGUGUGGACAAAAGUGCCCUGAAAGCUCAUAGCAGUAUCCACAAGGAAAGCUAUGAGCACCCCUGCAAGUUCUGCAUGGUUCCCUUUAAAACAAGACUUGAUAAACUGGCCCAUGAGAGAGCUCACACCCACAAAGCAAAACCAUAUGAAUGCCCUGACUGUUCCAUGUCGUUUUCCAAGCUCCCAGCACGCAAUUUACACUUGAAAGGCCACAGGGGUCCCAAAAUACUUUCCUGCCCCCAUUGUGCUUUGGAAUUCCGGUAUCAUGGCCCUUUGGAACGACACAUGUUGGUGCACACAGGCAUGAAGGAGUAUGUGUGUGAGUUCUGCCAUCGCUCUUUCAAACAGCCGGGCCACCUUAAAUCCCACCUGCGUGUGCACACCGGGGAGAAGCCCUUCCAGUGCCAGCACUGUGACAAGAGUUUCAAUCACAACGUGAGCCUGAAGAGUCACGUUAUGAGGUACCAUAAAGAGGGAGUGUCAAAUUUUGGGCCUAGCGGACCUGUGAAACAGACCAAAAGGGCGGAAUUUCAGUCCAUGGGUAGACCCAGAGGAAGACCUAAAAGAAAUGCAGCAACUAGAGAGCAAAACUCUGUUCCUGCGGUGCGAACCACAGCUGCUGAGAUUACAGAGAAGGGCCGUUUGAGGAGAGACUCUUCCAAAGACAUUGAUGGCGAUUGGAGUGACGGGGACGGAUCCUCUGAACUGACAGAAGAUGACAAGAUGGAGGAAGUGAGGAAGAGCAAAAGGAAAUCCAGCCAUAGUUCCAAGACUUUUUCUAUUGCUGAGAAUGAUUCGGAGAGCGACUCAGACAGUCACCCUGAGAUGGAGGCUAAGAAGAGUAAAGUGGUCAAAAGUGAGGAAACAGGACGUUGUAGAGGAAGGCCGAGGACUAAACCUCUCAAUCAACAUUAAAAUCUAUUUAAUUGUUUAAAUGUGACAUAUCUAACAUACAAACACUUCUUUCGGGAACUGAGUGGGUAUAACAAAGUUGGUAUUGGUUUGGGAUUAGGGAAACUUGGAUUAAAGAAUUUUCCUAUUUUGUAUAGUGUAAAUAUUGUAUGGACAGGCAGCGGGCAGUUUUGUUUCAUCUUUGUAUUAAUAUUUGAAAUACUUUUUUGAAAUUCUAUCUAAUUACAUAUUCCCAGGAGGUGGAAUAACUGGGACUAAUGGUGAGUGUUCUUCAUGUGUAAUAUACAACGGUAUCAUAAGGUUGCCAUUAUUAUAUUUUUGGGAUUUCAUUAGUUAGUCUGAUGACUUUGUAAGUCUCUGGACACAAUCUUUGUCUUUGAUCUCUGUGUUGAAUGCAAGAUUAAAUUUUGCAUCCUUUUAAGUAAUUAUUAUUGAUUGCUCCAUUAAAAUUGAGUGCUUUCCUUGAA